AUGAGUGAGCGACAAGUGCCGGUUGGAAACAAAGGGCUUCUAAUGGUCAUGGUACUCGCCAUCAGCCUGUGGGACCUGUCUGAGUGCUCCACAGUAGCGCAGCACGUUCCCACGGGCACCUGCGAGGUGGUUGCCUUGCAUCGCUGCUGCAAUAAGAACAAAAUCGAGGAGCGCUCGCAAACCGUCAAGUGCUCCUGUUUCCCGGGCCAAGUGGCUGGCACCACCAGAGCCGCUCCCUCCUGUGUAGACGCUUCUAUCGUGGAGCAGAAAUGGUGGUGUCAGAUGCAUCCGUGCCUGGACGGCGAAGAAUGCAAAGUCCUUCCCGAUUUGAAGGGCUGGAGCUGCGCGACGGGGAACAAAAUCAAAACCACAAAGAUUUCCGCAGAUCGAGAGCAACUUUGGUAA